UGCUGCUGGACCCGGACUGGACCUGGACCCGAACCCGAACCCGGACCUGGAUCUGGUCUCUCCCGGACCCGCUCCCACGGAACUGUGCUGCUAACCCUCUCCCAUCAUGGGUGACUGGAGCGCGCUGGGCCGCCUGCUGGACAAGGUCCAGGCCUACUCCACGGCCGGCGGGAAGGUGUGGCUGUCGGUUCUGUUCAUCUUCCGGAUCCUGGUGCUGGGCACGGCCGUGGAGUCGGCCUGGGGCGACGAGCAGUCGGCCUUCAAGUGCAACACGCAGCAGCCCGGCUGCGAGAACGUGUGCUACGACAAGUCCUUCCCCAUCUCCCACGUGCGCUUCUGGGUGCUGCAGAUCAUCUUCGUGUCCACGCCCACGCUGCUCUACCUGGCCCACGUCUUCUACCUGCACCGCAAGGAGCAGAAGCUCAACCGCAAGGAGGAGGAGCUGAAGCUGGUGCAGAACGACGGCGGCGACGUGGACAUCCCGCUGAAGAAGAUCGAGCUGAAGAGGAUGAAGUACGGCAUCGAGGAGACCGGAAAGGUGAAGAUGAAGGGCGGUCUGCUGCGCACCUACAUCGUCAGCAUCUUCUUCAAGUCCCUGUUCGAGGUGGGCUUCCUGGUGAUCCAGUGGUACAUGUACGGCUUCAGCCUGGCGGCCGUCUACACCUGCGAGCGCGCGCCCUGCCCGCACCGCGUGGACUGCUUCCUGUCGCGGCCCACCGAGAAAACCGUCUUCAUCAUCUUCAUGCUGGUGGUGUCGCUGGUGUCGCUGCUGCUCAACGUCAUCGAGCUGUUCUACGUCUUCUUCAAGCGCAUCAAGGACCGCGUGAAGGGCAAGCAGCAGCCGGUUAGCUACCCCGGCGCCGGCGGCACGCUCAGCCCCACGCCCAAGGACCUGUCCGUCGCCAAGUACGCCUACUACAACGGCUGCUCGUCGCCCACCGCGCCGCUCUCGCCGCUGUCGCCGCCCGGCUACAAGCUAGCCACGGGCGAGCGCGGCGGCACCGGCACCGGCACCGGCUCCUGCCGGAACUAUAACAAGCAGGCCACGGAGCAGAACUGGGCCAACUACUCGGCCGAGCAGAACCGGCUGGGCCAGAACGGCGGCGGCGGCGGCAGCACCAUCUCCAACUCCCACGCGCAGGCCUUUGACUUUCCCGACCACGACGGCCACCACGACCACAAGAAGCUGUCGUCGUCCACCGGCCACGAACUGCAGCCGCUGGCGCUGAUGGACGCGCGGCCGUGCAGCCGCGCUAGCAGCCGCAUGAGCAGCCGCGCGCGGCCGGACGACCUGGACGUGUGAGCCGCAGCGGGGUCACCGCGGGGUCACUGGGGUCACCGCGGGGUCACCAGGGUCGCCGCGGUGACCCCGCGGGGGCUCGUCCGGGACCGCCGGGGGCUCGUCCGGGACCAACCCCGGCCUCCUCGAUCCAGAGACUCCACAGACAUUAAACCUACUUCUAUGUAAUACUUUAAAAGGUACAACAUGCAAAAUAUGUCUUUCUUUGUCCUUUUACUUUUUAACUUUAGCAAAAAACUAUAAAUGGUUCCAGAGCCGCCGUAUCGGCCCGAAUAUAAGACGACCUGAUUAUAAGACGACCCUCUUUUUCAAGUUUUCAUGUUUGAAAAAAUACUUUUUGAACACAAAAUUCUAGUUUUAUACAGAAAAUAAUGACAGUAAAUCUGAAACAAAUGAUUAUAUAUAUUGGAGAGAAAAAGCAUUUUAUUUAGCCUAAUUAAAACCAUCAUCUUGAAGUUUGCAUCAUAACUUCCACCCACUUUUCUCCAGAUUGUCACUACGUUUCUCCAUUUUCUGUUGUCUCUUCUCUUAUUUUUAAAUAUUUUGUAUUCUUUUUAAAUGUUUCUCUUUUCUUUCUUACUGCAAUUUUUUUUUCUUCGUGCUACCGCUAUUUUUAUUUUUCUUCUUUGUGAUGGCUUUGUCCUGGGGAGUUAAGUUCAGCAUUCGCAGACGACUCCCACUUAUUCCGUCUUAUUUCACCGUCUUAUAUUCGGGCCGAUACGGUAAAACCACUUUGAGCUCCGGAGCGACGGCCGGGACUCGAAUCCCCAAGUGUGAACGAUUCUAAGAUGUGAUGGUGAGGUUAGCGACGCGCGGCAGGCGGUUUGAGGUUUUCUAGAUGCACUAUGAGAUGAAAACACUGUACUUUACUUUGGCGGGAGCAGAGGAAGUUUAAGUCUGGUGACGCAGGAGUUUAUGCUACUUCCACAUUCCCAACCACAACAAGCCGCCGAUGCUGAAAACCGUGCAGUCCGGAGCUAACGGAGCUAACAGAGCUAACGGAGCUAACGGAGCUAAUGGAGCUAACGGAGCUAAUGUAGCUAACGGAGCUAACUUCUGCGAUCGGAACCUAGAAACAUGCGUAACCUUCCUCAGUCACAGUUAGCGAGAGUUUGGCUAAAGUUAGCUGUAAACGUGUAAUGUUAGUUAAAGUUAACUGAAGUUAGCGAUGCCUUUACAUGAAAGUGUCUGUUAGCACCAAAAAACUCUUGAAAUAUUUCUUAAACGCGCCUGCAUUUACUCCAACAAACUAGAUCACGAUAAAUACGAGAUAAUUAUCCCGGCGAGACGAUUUAACCCUGAGUUUGACGUAAACUCGCUGCCGUCUGCUGAUUGGUGGAGAACCAGGACGUCUGUAGGACUCUGGCUGCUGAUUGGUGGAGAACCAGGAAGUCUGUAGGACUCUGGCUGACUAACGUUGCUAGUAAAACUAGAAACUAACGAGUCCCCCGGUUCCUCCUCUAGUUCCUCCGGUUCCUCUGGUUCCCCCGGGAGGUCGUUCCUUCCUCUGUCGUUUUUUCCCCACGUGGCUGAGUUCCUCCCUCAGAACCAGAUCCAUGACGGGCUUAUGUUUCCAGCUGGAACCAAGUGUUUGGGUCCAACAGCGAGCGAGUUCGUACGUUCGAUGGGAAUGGAGCUCGUUUGGGUCCAACACAAAAUGAGCUUGUUUGCGUCCGAGAGGAACCGAGUUUGUUCAGUACGUUCCAAUGGAAACGGAGCUUACGUUCCAUUAGGAAUAAUAAUAAUAAUAAUAAUGACUUGGAUUUAUAUAGCGCCCUUCUGCCCUUCUAGGCACCCAGAGCGCUUUAUAGAAAUCAUUAUUCAUUCAUAAACAUUCUCUCUGGUGGUGGUAAGCUACAUUGUAGCCACAGCUGCCCUGGGGCAGACUGACGGAAGCGUGGCUGCCAUAUCGCGCCUAACGGCCCCUCCGACCACCACCAACAUUCAUACACAUUCACACACAUUCACACGAGGCAAGGUGGGUAAGGUGUCUUGCCCAAGGACACUACGACAGCAAACUGGGACAGAGCGGGAUUCGAACCGCCGACCUUCCGAUCAUUGGACGACCCGCUCUACCACCUGAGCUACUGCCGCCCCAAGGAACCAAACUCGUUCGAUUCCAACGGGAGGCGAGUUCGUUUGUUUCCACCAGGAAACGAGCGAGUUCGUACGUUCCAAUGGGAAUCAAGCUCGUUCAGUUUCAUCGGGAACAGAGCUUGUUUGGUUCCAACAGGAAGUGAGUUUGUACGUUCCAAUGGAAACCGAGCUUGUACAUUCAAUGGGAACAAGUUUGUUUGGUUCCAACAGGAAUCGAGCUCGUUCAGGUCCAACAGGAAGUGAGUUUGUACGUUUCAUCGGGAAUCAAGUUUGUUCAAAUCCAACGUGAAACAAGUUCGUACGAUCGAUGGGAAGUGAGUUCGUUUGGUUCCAACAGGAAGUGAGUUUGUACGUUUCAUUGGGAAUCAAACUCGUACAUUCGAUGGGAACCAAUCUCGUUCGAUUCCAACAGGAAGUGAGUUCUUACGUUCCAAUGGAAACCGAGUUCGUACAUUGAAUGGGAACAAGUUUGUUCUGUUCCAACAGGAAUUGAGCUCAUUCGGGUCCAACAGGAAGUGAGUUUGUACGUUUCAUCGGGAAUCAAGUUUGUUCGGUUCCAACGUGAAGCAAGUUCGUACCUCGAUGGGAAGUGAGUUCGUACGUUCGAUGGGAAUCAAACUCGUAGGCGAGUUUGUACGUUCCAAUGGAAACCGAGCAGGAAUGGAGCUCAUUCGGGUCCAAUGUGAAGUGGGUUCGUACGAUCGAUGGGAAUUGAGUUCGUACGUUUCAUCGGGAAUCAAACUCGUACAUUCAAUGGGAACAAGUUUGUUCUGUUCCAACGGGAAUCCAUCUCGUUCGAUUCCAACAGGAAGUGAGUUCGUACGUUCCAUCAGGAAUCGAUCUCGUUCGGUCCCGACAGUAAAUUAUAAUAUUCUCCAAUCAGCUCGUUCCGAUUCUUAGCUGAUUUUUCUCGCCUACUUGAUGAAACAUGGUCAGGAAAAGUUCGUCCCUCGACCGACUCCUUAAUAUUUCCACGUUAAUAUUUACAGGUUAAUAUUUACAGGUUAAUAUUUACAGGUUAAUAUUUACAGGUUAAUAUUUACAGGUUAAUAUUUACAUGUUAAUAUUUACACGUUAAUAUUUACACGUUAAUAUU